AUGUCGACAUUACAAGUUAGAAUUAAGUUUCCACCCGAUUAUCCAGUAAUUUAUAAAACUUUGAGACUGGACAGCUCACUUACAGUACAAGAGGCCAUCGCUGCCAUUGGACAAGCCAUCAAUGUAAAUCCAGCACCAGAUAUUGGUCUAUAUUUACCAGACGCUAAAAAACAAUUACAAGAGAAUCAACUACUCUCUUCUUUCGAUGGAUUAACAACAGCCAAUUAA